AAUCAAGGCAACAGAGCAUGGCAGCAGGUGGGCCCAGGCGUCGAACAAAUAGCAACAGCGCUUUACACACGUCGCGCCCAAACAAUUAUUAUUAUUAUUUCUAUCUCUCACUUCGCUUCACUUGCCUUCUCGUGCCUUCUCCAUUUCCCCCAAUCUCACCACAAUCUAACUCCGAUGGCCUUCGCUCACCAUCUGCUUACCCGUCCUCCCAAAAUCUCCAUUCUCCCUUCUUCUUCUUCUUCCUCCUCAUCUUCUCCUUCUAUCUUUUCGCUACCUCUCUCUUCAUCUUCUUCUCCUCUCUGCUCCAAAACUAGCAAGCUAUCUAUAUUUCCCGGACUCCUCAAACUCGGCCACAGAGCUAAGUCUAAACCGCAAGACUCUGAAGUCAAUUUAGCUGCAGAGGCCUUCACUAGUUUCAAGCACCUGCUUCUGCCAGUCACAGACCGGAAUCCAUAUCUUUCUGAGGGGACAAGACAGGCUGCAGCUACAACUGCUGCUUUAGCAAAGAAGUACGGGGCUGACAUCACAGUUGUCGUGAUUGAUGAAAAGCAGAAAGAGUCUAUCCCGGAGCAUGACACCCAACUCUCUAGCAUCCGCUGGCAUCUGUCAGAAGGUGGAUUCCAGGAAUUCAGGGUGCUAGAGCGACUGGGAGAGGGGAGCAGCAAGCCAACAGCCAUUAUUGGAGAAGUUGCAGAUGACCUGAAUUUGGAUUUAGUAGUUUUAAGCAUGGAAGCCAUUCAUUCCAAGCAUGUGGAUGCAAACCUGCUUGCUGAGUUCAUUCCCUGCCCUGUUUUGCUUUUGCCCUUAUAAAAUUCCUGUCCCUGCUCUUUCCAAAACCAACUCAGGGGCUGCACCUUGGCUGUAUAAAUGCGGAGAUGUCCUUAGACAGACUUUGUGAAUUGUCCCUCCUAUUCAGUUUUUGUUCUAUGCCUAUUUAGGUUUCAUUAUGGUGAUUUUCUUCUCUUGAAA